AGUAGUCAAUACGUGGUGUACCACGAGCGCUGGUUUGUUUGUCUUUGGAUUGCACCCGCAUUCACUGUAUCAGUUCUCUUCGGACCCUGCAUUCACUGUAUCAGUUCUCCCCGGACCCUGCAUUCACUGUAUCUGGUCUCCCUGGACCCUGCAUUCACUGUAUCUGGUCUCCCUGGACCCUGCAUUCCCUAUAUCUGGUCUCCCCGGACCCUGCAUUCACUGUAUCUGGUCUCCCCGGACCCUGCAUUCACUGUAUCUGGUCUCCCCGGACCCUGCAUUUACUAUAUCUGGUCUCCCCAGACCCUGCAUUCACUAUAUCUGGUCUCCCCGGACCCCGCAUUCACUAUAUCUGGUCUCCCCGGACCCUGCAUUCACUAUAUCCCGGUCUCCCCGGACCCUGCAUUCACUAUAUCUGGUCUCCCCGGACCCUGCAUUCACUAUAUCUGGUCUCCCAGGACCCUGCAUUCACUAUUUCCGGUCUCCCUGGACCCUGCAUUCACUAUAUCUGGUCUCCCCGGACCCUGCAUUCAC